UGUGUGUCCCAUCUGAGGAGCACCGUGGAAGAGCAUCAUCAGGAGGCUGGGAAAGAGAGUAAGCAAGCAAACUCAGGUCGCCAGGCUUGUGCAACAAGUGCUUUUACCCACUGAGCCAUCUUGUUAGCCCUCCAAUGGGAUAUUCCAAAUUACAUAUUUGGUAGAGUUUGGCCAACACAUGGCAGAUGGAGGCAAGACAAAGAGUUGGGGCCGUCGUCAGCUGCAUGGGCAUUAUCUCCAAACAACGAAAACAAAAACUUAAGUAUAUUUUACUACCUGCUCCCAAGCUGUCAAGAACAUUAAGAGAAAGGGAAAAGAGGCUAAAUGCGAUGGACGGUCCAGACCGGAAGCCCAGCCGCUCCAGAGGGUUAGGCAGGACUUCCGGAUUGCCUCAGGGAGUGGAUGAAGGUGGUUUACUGCCAUCCGCAGCACUGCAAGAGAAAGGACAGAGACAACCCAGGACGCAAACCCUAAACUAUGAUCAAGUUAGAAUACUGACAUAGUACCUCAGGAGGGUAGUUCUUUAGCAAGGCCAUCUUCCAGGAACGCAAGGCGCUCGGCAUUUGAAACCAGCCAAAUCCAACUAGGAAGCAUGGUUUGUCCCCACCCCCACCUCGCUCCUCACUCCCCCUCCUCCAGCCCCAAUGCGCGCGGGCGCCCCGUGCUGACUACAACUCCCAGUCGCCGGGUUUUGCCGGUUACAGGAGGGUUUCUCCGCCUGGUCCCAUGUUGCAAAAACCAAGGAGCAGGGGCCGCCCCGGUGCUCAGCUUGGGAGCGGCAGCGACUGCCGCCCGGAUGUCUCUGGGGAGACCCCGAGCGGACCUGGCCACCCCGACGACUCGCAGGCCACCCCAGGCGCCCUGCCGCCCGGCUCCCGCCCGGCCCAGGCCACCUCCGCCCCGGAGCUCUGGACUCAGCAGCAGCUGGAGCUUAAAGUGGCGGAGCUGGUGCACUUCUUGCUGAUUAAGGACCAGAGGAAGAUCCCGAUCAGGCGGACCGGCAUCCUGAAGCACGUCAUCCGAGACUACAAGGACAUCUUUCCAGACCUGCUCAGGCUGGCUGCCGAGCGGCUCCACUACGUGUUCGGCUACAAGCUGGUGGAACUGGAACCCAAGAGCAACGCCUAUGUCCUCAUCAACGCCCUGGAGCCGGUGGAGGAGGACGGCGAGGCGAGGGGACGCCAGGGGACGCCCACCACCGGCCUCCUCAUGAUUAUCUUGGGGCUCAUCUUUAUGAACGGCCACAGCAUCGCAGAAACCGAAGUCUGGGAUUUUCUACGUCGCCUGGGGGUGUACCCCACCAAGAAGCAUUCAGUGUUUGGAGAUCCGAAGAAACUCAUCACUGAAGACUUCGUGAGGCAGUGUUACCUGGAGUCCCGGCGGAUACCCCACACGGAUCCCGUGGACUGUGAGCUCCAGUGGGGUCCGCGAGCGAAUCUGGAAACCAGCAAGAUGAAAGUUCUGAAAUUUGUAGCCAAAAUUCACAAUCAAGAUCCCAAGGACUGGCCCACGCAGUACUGUGAGGCUCUGGCAGACGAGCAGACUAAGACCAGGCCUGAGCCAAGUGGUCCAGCCUCGACCUCUUGAAAUAAGUGUUCCGGACUUCUCCAGCGAAAGCCGGAGGAAUAGGGGACGUGCGGGUGAAAGGAGCGUAUUUCCACAGCAAUAAAAAUGCAUUACUUUAA